AUGACAACUGUUUCACCAAUGAAUAAUGAAACAAAUGAUUAUGAAGAAUUUUUAAAACAAUUCAAAUUAUUAAAUACUAUAUCAGCGGAAUUUCGUAAUGUAUGUACAAUACUUGGUACAGAAUUAGAUUGUUCAUUAGUAAGAAAUAAUCUUAUUAAUUUACAAAGAUAUAUGAUGUAUGAAUUACAAAAUACUCAAUAUCAAUUAAUUAAAUGUUGGCGUAAUGCUAAUAUUGGUUUAUCAACUAAUAUAACAAGUGAACAAUCUGAUCAAUUAUUUUCUGUAUUUACAACUUAUAUUGAAUAUCAUAUGAGAGCAUUAUUAAAAACACUUCAUUUAAUAACAUUAUUUCCUUCAAUAAAUUUACAAUUUAAUUCUAAUACUACUAAUAUAAAUAAAAAUGAUGAUCAAGUAGAAGAUAAAAAAUCUGAAAAUCAUGAAUUUAUCAAUCAUGAAAUUGUAAUACAAAAUGAUUCAUCAUGGAUAUUAGCAUCUAAUAAAUUAUUACAAACUAAUAUUAGUUCAUUAAUUAAUACUGGUUAUACUAAAUCAUUAGAAUUAGGAAUAGAUCAGAAUGAUAUUUCAUUGGUAUUAGCUGAUAAAACUAAUAUAGACAAUAAUGAUGAUGAUCAUGAUGAUGAUGAUGAUGAUGAUAAUGAUCAAAAUAAGACAGGGAAUUCAAAUCUCUCUGAAAUCGAUAUACUGAAAAAUGAAUAUUGUACUUUACAAGCUGCAUUACAUGAUAUUUCGUCAUUAGUUUGUGUUACACCAUGGAAUGUAUUGGCAUUUCCUGUUGAUAUAGAACAACGUUUAUCUUUACAAGAAUCAACAUCAACUAUACAUCCACGUAAAAGUCAAUUAAGUAAUCGUUUACAAAGUUUUAAUAAAAAAAAUACAUUAAGUAGUAUAAAUUCAUUAAAUUUAAGUACAACAUUUGGACAAAAUAAAAUACAUAUUUUACCUACUAUAAAUGAAUUACCAAUUCAUUAUAAAUUAUGUGAUAUAUUAAAAAAUUAUAUAAAAAAUAAAAGAAUUUUUGCAUUUCUAUUUAUUGGUACGUUUAUAAUUACAGUUUUAAUUAUUCUAUUAAUAAUAUUCAUUGUCAUAUAUCCUAAUCUAAAUAAAUAA